GUCAAGGUUACCGGAUGUGACGACACGGGCAUGGUUUAAAGAACUUAUGGUUGCACAAACACAUGAUUGCGUUUAAGUUUUGUUGAUUGUAUUCUUGUCACUGACUUUGCCACGGAGUAGAGGGAAAUAAUGGGGAAGAAAAACAAGGAGCCUUCCCUCGGAAGACAUUUGAUAAAAGAGAGAUUCGGGAAACAGCGGAAGAAAGUUGGGACAGAUUCAUUCUUACACACAAGUGAGCUUUCUGAUGGCUUUGACUGGGGUCGUCUCAAUCUGCAGUCUGUGACAGAACAGAGCAACUUGGACGAGUUCUUGGCUACGGCUGAACUUGCGGGAACUGAAUUUACAGCAGAGAAGCUAAAUGUGAAGCUGAUCACAGUUGACAGGAACUCUGGACUGCUGACUGAAGAGGAGCAAACUAAGGUCACACAGGUGCAGGAGGAGAACAGACAGCUGCUGAGAAUACCAAGGAGGCCGCAGUGGGAUGAGACCACCACUAAGUCAGAGCUGGAGCAGGCUGAGAGGGAGUCAUUCUUAGAGUGGAGGAAACACUUGGCCUUACUGCAGGAGAAGGAACAUAUCUUAAUGACACCUUUUGAGAAGAAUUUGGACUUCUGGAGACAGCUUUGGAGAGUGAUAGAAAGAAGCGACAUUUUGAUCCAAAUCGUGGAUGCCAGGAACCCACUGCUGUUCAGGUGUGUUGACCUGGAGAAAUAUGUGAAGGAGGUCAACACAGAGAAGGUCAACAUGGUGCUGGUCAACAAGGCAGACUUUUUGACUGACAAACAGAGAGAGAUGUGGUCAGAAUAUUUCAGCAGGGAAGGUGUCAGGGUGGCAUUUUGGUCAGCAGUGGAAGAAAUGAGGAGAUUACAGGAAUUGGAAGAGAAAUCUGAUGAAAAUGGUGACACUGCUUCUGAUGGAGAAGGUGAAGAGGAAAGUGACAGUGAUGAAAGUGAAACAUCAGAUCAAAAUCCCAAGAGGAGAAGCUGUAGAGGUCAGCAGACGACAUCUGGAUCACAGAUCAAUUCUGCUGUAGAGGGGGGGGAACCCUUUUGUUCAGGGACUGACGCGACAUUGAAAGGGGAUGAUUUAGGGGCAACUACAAAUUUAAAUCAUGAACAGAAGGAAGUAUGUAAUUUAACAGGUGACAUAUCCAAAAUAGACUGUUCCACAUCUGAUGGUGCAAUAUUGUCAACUGAUAAUUGCAGUUGUGAUACAGUGACAACAGAAAACAAUGACAGCAGCAGUACAAAAUGUGAUGAAAACAGUGCGAGGGAAACCUGUGUCCACAACAGCAGCAAGUUGUUAAAUGGAGAAGAAUUAUUGGAACUUUUUAAGACUGUUCAUGAAGGAAAGAAAGUGACUGAAGGGAUUUUGACUGUUGGCAUGGUUGGUUACCCUAACGUUGGCAAGAGUUCUACCAUCAAUGCACUUCUCCACACCAAGAAAGUGUCCGUUUCUGACACUCCUGGGAAAACAAAACAUUUUCAGACCCUGUAUGUGGAGCCAAGCCUCAUGCUCUGUGACUGCCCAGGUCUCGUGAUGCCCACCUUCGUGUCCACCAAAGCAGAGCUGAUCCUCAGUGGAAUUCUGCCCAUUGACCAGAUGAGAGACCACGUGCCUCCCACUUCUUUACUCUUACAGCAAAUUCCUCGGAGGACCUUGGAAGCCAUCUACGGGAUUUUGAUUCCAAGGCCUAUGGAAGGAGAGGAUGAAAACAGGCCUCCCAAAGCUGAAGAGUUCCUGAAUAGCUAUGGAUACAUGCGAGGGUUCAUGACGGCAAGAGGUAACCCAGACUGCCCCAGAUCAUCAAGAUAUGUUCUAAAAGAUUAUGUCAAUGGCAAAUUACUCUACUGCCACCCACCGCCAGGUGUCGGUGCUGGUCAAUAUGAGCCUACCCCAACUCCUGCUGAAGAAAGGAUGGUUAAAUUACAGAAGAAAGAGGAAAAGAAGAGAGUUACAGAGUAUGACAUGAAUGAUGUAGACAGGAUGUUUUUCACCAAGAUGAGCCUUCAGGCCCAUGCCAAGGGCCAGUCUUCCAGUGGGUCUGCAAGUUCUCAAAAUAGCAAACAGUCCUUGGUAGAGAAACCAUGGAAAAAACACAAUAAUAGGAAGAAGAAAGAGAAACUGAGAAGAAUAUAUGCCGAUUUAGAUAAACAUUGAAUAUUGGGAUCUGAUAAUUACAUUUACAGUACAUAUGUACAAAAGGACAAAUAUUAAAUACACCAGUAUGGGGUGGACGUCACUGGUGUGGGAAUAAAAAUGUAGCAAAAAAAACCACUUUACGUAGAAAAAUGUAUGGUAGAAAUUGGGAGUGAUCUUGAACCCUUGUCCAAAUUAUAAUUUAUUUUUAAAGAAUCAUUUAUCAUGGUAUUUUGUGAGACCCCCACCAAGCCAUGUCAGACCUUUUACUUAUUAUAACUGGUAUUGCAGCAGUAAAAUUGUGAACAGAAGAGAAAUCCUUGGGUU